CUCAGCUUGUGAUGAGAUCGAUAAAAGUUGGACAUUGUUGAUAAAGCUAGCAUGGAUGAGUUGGUUGGUAGGAAAGGAAUAAAGGGAAAAGUUAAAUGCAGAUGUUGGAAAUCUGAAACAAAAACAGAAAAGGUAGGGAAAAGAUUAACAGGUGGGGCAAUGUUUUGUGUUUGCGAUCCUUAGUUUUUCAAGUACUGCCUAAUCUGAAAUUCAUCCAGAAUUUUCCAUUUCCUUUUGUCAUAGUAAUAGAAGCAUUUACCUUGAGUUGAUGGGCUAUCGUUAGAAGGAUGGAGGCUUUGAUGCCAUACAAAACUGAGACUGAAAGAUCUCUGGAUACUAAGCAGUGAUGGGGCAGAAACUGGUGAUCUUACUGAGUGUCUACUCCUAUUUCUUCAAUGUGUGAGCAUGCCCUUGUUAGUAUAGAAGGGUGGAGAGGAUUAACAAGGAAAGGGGUAUGGUAUAUGGGAUGGUUUUUGAGGAAUGGUAUAUAAAAUGUUGAUAUUGCCAGAGCUAUAUAAAGAAUCAAAGCAAAAACAAGAAUGCAGAUGCUGGAAAAUGGAAGUGAACAAUACUGAGGAUACAUUCAGUCAGACAGGUGUUGUAGGAUGAACUCUGGAGCCCAGUGUCACUAAUCAGAAGUACUCCGUAUCCACUUGACUUGAGUAUUCCAGUACUAGUAAUAUGACAUUUCCAGUUUGUCACCUUUAAUGCAUUUUACUUGGUGUCAGUUUCACAGGAAAGAUGUGAUAGAACAUAGAAAAGUACAGCACAUUACAGUCUUACAAUUAGAGGCCCUUUGGCCCACAAUCUUGUGCCACCUAUGUAACCUACACUAGAAACUGCCUAGAGCAAUGGUUUCCCAACCAGUGGCCUAGAGUCCCCUAUCACACAGCCUUCUAUUUUUCUAAGCUCCAUAUACCCAUCUAAUAGUCUCUUAGAAGACUCUAUUAUACCUGCCUCUACCAACUUCGCUGGCAAUGCACUACUCUGUGGAAAAAACUCUCUGAUGUCAUCCUUGUACCACUUUCAAGCACCUUGAAACUACGCCGCUUGUGCUAGCCAUUUCAAGACCGGGAUAGAGCCUUUGGCCUUCCACAUGAUCAAUGCCUUGCAUCAUCUUGUACACCUCUAUUAGGUCAUCUUUCAUCCCCUGUCGCUCCAAGGACAAAAGGCCAAGUUCAAUCAGAUGGUUCGAAUUAUUUGGCACUGAGGAAGCUAGGAGGAAACUUUUUUUAAAUUGCGGUGCCAGGAGAGUAUAGAACCUUUUGUCAACAGGGAUGAAAGUGGAGAAUAGUUUUAAAGUACGAUGAGUGGAUAUUAAUUUUAACCCAAACGAUGAUGGUAGUGAUACAGAACAAUACCUAAACGGAUGGUAGAGGCUUGUUACACUUAAGCUGAUCAUUUGCUGAAAUGUGGAAUUCAGAUGGUUGGAUCUUUUCCUACUGCCAUGGGCAAGAUUGAUGAAAUGGCUUUCUAUUCCAUUAGGUUUUGGUGCUGUAUCGAGAGAGGAUUGCUUGUACAUUGUAGAUGUAUCUUGCAAGAUUAAGACAUGCACAAAUGAAAGAAUUGACGAAGCAGGCAAAAAUGUAGUGGAGUGCAGAAACUGAAGGACCAAGAUUGUAAAUUAGCUCUGAAACAAGUGGCUCUGAUGGUGCAAAAGUAUUGUCUGAACCAGGUAAAGUGACAGCAGCAGUGAAAGUGGCCAUUGAUGCUGGUUAUCGUCACAUUGAUGGUGCAUUUGUGUAUGCAAAUGAAAAAGAAGUUGGUGAUGCUAUUCAGGCGAAGAUCAAGGAUGGAACUGUAAAGCGUGAAGAUCUUUUCAUUGUUAGCAAGCUGUGGUGUACAUUUCAUGCCAAAGACAUGGUGAAGGAUUGCUGUUCUAAGACGUUAAGUGACCUGAAACUGGACUAUCUGGAUCUGUACCUUAUUCAUUGGCCUAUGGGAUUCAAGGCUGGCCAGGAGAACUUGCCUCGCAAUGAGAUUGGGAUGAUAAUACCAAGUGACACGGAUUUUGUUGACACUUGGGAAGCAAUGGAAGAAUUGGUGGAUCAAAAAAUGGUUAAAGCUAUUGGGGUGUCCAAUUUUAAUCAUAAGCAGAUAGAGCGUAUCCUUAAUAAAAAAAACUUGAAGUACAGACCAGCUGUCAACCAGAUUGAGUGCCACCCUUAUCUAACUCAAGAAGAUCUGAUCUCCUAUUGCAAUUCCAACAAUAUUGUUGUGACAGCCUAUAGUCCACUGGGAUCUCUGGACAGACCAUGGGCAAAGCCAGAUGAACCCAAUCUCCUUGAGGAUCCUAAGCUACAGGAAAUAGCACAGCGUCAUAAGAAAUCAGUAGCACAAGUGUUGAUCCGGUUCCAGAUUCAAAGAAGGCUGGUUGUAAUUCCAAAGUCUGUCACUCCAGAGCGAAUUAAGGAAAACUUUCAGGUGUUUGAUUUUCAGUUGAGUGAUGAGGAAAUGAAGAGUAUUCUUUCCUUCAACAGGAAUUGGCGAAGCUGUCCUCUAGAAUGGUGUGUUAACCACAAGGACUAUCCUUUUUGAGGUUACAAACUAACGGCUUCAAAUGGAACAAGCUAUCUGAAAAGUUAUGGCUCUCCUAUCUGUAGAUUUGAACAGCAGAAUUAAUGUGAUAUUUUGAAGAACAGGUUUUUUAACUGCAUGGUGAUGUGGUUUAGCAGUGUAACUUACUGAUUGUAUCAAUGAUGUGAAUAAACAUUUCACUCUUGC